AUGGUCAAAUCAAUCCUCCUAAUCAACGGUCCCAACCUCAACCUACUGGGAACCCGAGAACCCCACAUUUACGGCUCAACGACCCUUCCCGAAGUCGAAGCCAGCGCAAAGUCCCAAGCUAAAAGCCUAGGCGCAACCCUGGAGCACUUCCAGUCCAACCACGAAGGCGCAAUUGUUGACCGUAUCCAGGCUGCGCGGGGCAAUGUCGACGGAAUCAUUAUCAACCCCGGCGCAUACACGCACACGUCCGUCGCUAUCCGCGAUGCGUUGCUCGGCGUAUCGAUUCCCUUCAUUGAGUUGCAUGUGAGCAACGUCCAUGCGCGCGAGCCUUGGAGACAUCACUCUUAUUUUAGUGAUAAGGCUUCGGGCAUUAUUGUUGGUUUGGGAGUUCAUGGGUAUAAGGUUGCGGUUGAGCAUGUUGCGCUUAACUUCAAGGAAUUGGAGAAGGAUGAUAAGACUGCUCUGUAA